AUGGGAAACGUUAAAAAAGAAUUUUCGAAAGAUACACUGAAGGCACAUUUAGAAGCGAUAGAAGAAUGUAAAGAAAAAAAAGAAAAAUAUGUAAAAUGUUUUAACAAUUGGUAUAAAAAUAAUUUUCUUAAGGGUGAUUUAACACAAGCUUGUGACGACUAUUAUGAAGACUAUCAAAUUUGCGUUUUAAAUGAUUUAAAUAAAAAAGGCUUAAGUCAUUUAACGAAUUUUGAAAAUGAAAAAUGA